UCUUCUUCUUCUCUCCCCUCCCUCCUUCUGUCUCUUUUCAUUUCUUCCUUCCCUGCAUCCUUCCCUCUCCCAGGAUGGCGGAGGCUGAACUGCACAAGGAAAGGCUACGAGCGAUUGCAGAAAAAAGGAAAAGGCAGACAGAAAUAGAAGGGAAGAGGCAGCAGCUCGAGGAGCAGAUACUUCAACUGCAGCAUUUUAAGUCAAAAGCGCUUCGUGAAAAAUGGCUGCUGCAGGGAAUCCCUGCUGGUUCGCCUGCAGAAGAAGAAGCCAGAAAGAGGCAGUCCGAAGAAGAUGAGCUCAAGGUGAAAAAGCUCGAAGGCAACAUCCAUCGGUUGGAACAAGAAAUCGGGAAGCUAGAAAGUGAAGAAUCGCAAAUUUCUGCCAAAGAGCGAGUCAUCUUAGAGAAAUUAAAGGAGACAGAGAAAUCCUUUGAGGACUUCCAAAAGAGUUUCUCACAUCAGGAUGGUGAUGCGGUAAAUUACAUUUACUCCCAGAUCCCUGAACUCCCAACCCUCUUUUCAAGAAAUACAGAGGAGCUGGCUCCUGAGAAGGACGGGACAAGCAGGGUAACUGCAUUGUACAGCAUGGAAAUUAAUGUGGAGAAAGACAAACAGACAGGGGAGACCAAGGUUCUCUCCACAUCCCCCAUUGGCCCAGAGGGAGCCCAUCAAAGAGGAAUCAAAGUCUACGACGAUGGUACCAAAGUAGUCUAUGAGAUGCACCCUGGAGGUGCGGUGAUAGAAAACGGAGUGCAUAAGUUGAGCUCAAAGGAUGUAGAAGAACUUAUUCAGAAAGCUGGACAAUCAAGCCUAAGAGGAGGGACUGUAUUAGAAAGGAACACGAUAGUCGAUGGAAACAUCAGUCACGUGAAGGAACAGAUGCUGUUCAAGGAGGCGAAACUAGAGAUGGUGCACAAACCAAGCAAAAGGCAUUCCGGGAACCCUCGACACCAGGCGAAGCUCUCUGGGGAUGAAGUCCCUGAAGCCAGUACAGAUCACCCUGUCACCAUGAUAUUUAUGGGUUACCAAAACAUUGACGAUGAAGAGGAGACCAAAAAGGUGUUGGGCUACGAUGAGACAAUCAAGGCCGAACUGGUCCUCAUUGACGAAGAUGAUGAGAAGUCCUUACGUGAGAAGACUGUGACGGAUGUGUCAACCAUGGAUGGAAACGCCGCUGAGUUGGUUUCUGGGAGGCCCACAUCAGACACGACAGAACCCUCCUCUCCAGAGGGGAAAGAAGAGAGUCUACCAAUGGAAAAAGUCCCAGGUACAGAAAAGAAAAAGCGCUGUCAAUGCUGUAUUGUCAUGUGA